GUGAACCAGUGUUGUCUGCUCUGGUCUGUCCUAGACUGCGUUCCUUUUGGGCGCUCACGCGCUGUAAGCGCCAUUCUAUUUUUAUCGCUCAUUAGAUGCGGAAGAAAGAUAGAGCGAAGUUUAUAAGCGCUAGUUUAGUUUAGUACAGUUCUAGUGCAGUUUUCGAAAAAGAACAAACCUAGUGACAGCUUCGAAAAAGAACAAACCUAGUGACAGCUUCUGAAAAAAUAGGUUAUGAAAUCUAUCUAUAAAAUUAUGUUAAUUAAACUAUGAAAUACAUUUCCUUAUAUAUGCACAAGAUUAUUUAUAUAUUAACAAUUUUAUUAAUAAUGCGCUCUCUAUACGUCUAAAGUGAAAAUGUCAUUAUUUCGAUGUAUCACAAAAAGUGGCUUGUCUGAUUGAAGUGCGAAUAAAAGUUUCAUAAGUCUAAAGCCAAGGGCAUUUUUAAUUCAGUAUGAAGGUGCAGUGGCAGAAAAACUUGUAUGAAAAUUAUGGCUUACCAGACAAUUACACGGAUAGUUCCUUUUUGGAACAACUACGCAAAAAUAUCAAACCAAAUAAUGUGACAUUGAUAGAAGCAAUAAGCUUGGGCGCCAGUAUAUCCAUACAAUUGAGCAUUGUGGUACUCUUUGUUAUAAUAUUUAUUUGGUUGAAUAAUGAGUGGACCACACCAGAUGUUAUUGUAAUAUCAGGAAGUAUCCUGACGAUUUUUGGGUAUUUUAUUUAUAAGAUUAGAGUGCCUGAUCAAUCUGUGAAGCUGACAAAAGAUUUAUGGACAGUAUUGAUAUUUCUCACAUUUGGUUAUGUGCUAUCACCCAUUUUAAAGACGUUAACUGAGACGAUCAGUACUGACACAAUCUAUGCCAUGACAAUAUUUAUGUUUUUAACUCAUUUAAUAUUCAGUAAAUAUGGAGCAUCGCAGAUUUCUUUGUCAGACUCCUUGUCCAUAACAUCCUCAAUUUUUGGUUCAUUGAUGUUAGCUUCCAGAUUAGCAUCACCAUUACACGCAUUCUCCCUUUUAACAGUUUCAGUUCAAUGUUUUGUAUUAUUACCAUAUUUUUUGUCACAAAUGAAGAAUAAAAUUAUCAUAUCAACCAUUUUAGCAAUUAGUACUAUAUAUUUACUGUUAUCUGUGUCACAAAUAUUUUUGUAUGUCUUCAUUAUUGCUGUAACAUUUAUUCAUUUUAUAUGUCCACUCUGGUAUAUCAGAUGCCAAAAGUACAAGGAUAACAUUUAUGGUCCUUGGGACGAGGCAGUGAUUGCUUCAUAGGAUUGAAUUUUUUUUAUAAUUAGAAAUUAAUAUAAAUAUGUAUAAUCUUAUGAAAUAAACAAUAUUUUUUAUCUAA